AUGUUAUCAGAUAUUUCGCCUACUCCGACAAUGAUGGAAGAAACUUUAGCAACUUCAACCGCAUCCAGCAAUCCUAAUAUUUUUUCCUUGCUGUCGCCAAAUGUUCAAGCUCAAUUUGACCCUUCACCACAAGUUCCCAUACUCCAGACUACCUCGCCGUCCUCACCACCGCCAACUUUUACAGAAGUUUCUUAUUCCCCACUUGAAGAAAAUACAAUUGUCGAUAUUCCCAUGGAAACAGAUUUUGAUCCAAAACCAUAUGGUUGUGGGAUCGAUGGCUGUAAUUAUACUUAUAAUAAUUCCAGUGGCUUAUUCUAUCAUUCAAAAUCUGCUCACCCUGAAGCUGCGAAUGAUAGGCCAUUUCAAUGCGCGAUGCCCGGAUGUAACAAAAAAUAUAAAAAUAUCAAUGGACUCGAGUAUCAUAUUAAGUAUAGAGGCUCAUCUGAACAUAAAAAUGACGUUAAUAAUCAGUCUGCACCAAAACCAUAUGUAUGCAAAGUGGUUGGUUGCAAAAGAAGUUAUAAAAAUCAAAAUGGCUUAACUUAUCAUAUGGAAAAUGCGCAUAACAACUUAAAUAACUCUGGUAGUAGUAUCGACGCAUCAAGGAAAUCUAUAAAUGUCGCAACAAAUAACAAUACAACUCAAUUACUGUCAUCUAAUAGUGACAAUAUAUUGCGAACAUUUACUACUGAACCUUCCGUAUGA